GCCCGCUCGCCUACUCGGUCGGGCGGCGAGCGCGGCCCUUCGCCCUCGCUCUAAAUAGAGGCUUUAUUUAGUAAACAGCGGGAGUGCUACCGUGCGCGUGGUGCCUGCAGUGGUGCGCGUGCGCCCGCCAGUAUGGGGUGUGCUCCGGCCCGCUGUCUGCGCCCGCGAUGACGCGUCUCCGCGGCCCGCUCCGCCGCAUACAACACUGGAUUGUUUGGACACUCUGUGCGAUACUGUGUGGAUCAUGCGAGAGCUCGGCACCGCCAGAUACCUUGCGCCUCGUGUGGCUCUCUAACACUUCUCUCGCGUGCAACGAUGGAUCUCCCGCUGGGUAUGUCUCUAUAUUUUCAACAAGGGCUAGGAUAGAUAAACGGUAUUGAUUAAUAUAAACUAGAGGAAUUUAGUGAAUGGUUCGUAUAUCUUUAACACAUUUCUAUCACGUUCUUUGUAUUGAACAGGUUAUUAUCAUUUUCAGGUAUUACUUUCGGCGCGGCACAAACAGCGACCACUGGGUGGUGUACCUCGAAGGUGGCGGCUACUGCUGGGACACGGCAUCCUGCAAUGCGCGUUGGCGCCGACGCCCCGCCCUCAUGUCGUCCACGCGCUGGCCGAGGGCUCGCCGCGCCCCCGCGCUUCUCUCUGCCGACCCGGCCGCGAACCCCCUGUGGCACGCCUCCAAUCACGUGCUGCUACCCUAUUGCUCCAGCGAUAUGUGGGCCGGGACCCGAAACUCUCGUCACCCCAGUGCUGGAUUUGUGUUUGCCGGCCGACUUAUCGUCCGCGCUGUCCUCUCUGAUCUGUUCCGCUAUGGACUCAAAGGACGAAUGCUGCUCGUUGGCUCCAGCGCUGGCGGCGCAGGAGUCAUGUUGCACGCGGACGCUGCGAGACGUUCGAUGCGCUCACGAGGUGUGCGAGUUGCCGCUAUCGCCGAUUCUGGUUGGUUUCUGGACCGUCCUGCAAGGACACGGAGAGCUCCUGCCGCCACGGUGGCCCGACUAGGACACACUCUUUGGCGAGGCAAACCACCGUCUUCAUGUGUUCGUGAGCACACCGCUGAGCCGUGGCUCUGCUACUUCGGCUACCGACUCUAUCCACAUAUACGCACGCCCUUAUUCAUCUUUCAGUAUUUAUUUGAUUCAGCUCAGUUAGCUGCUGAAGGCGUACGGGCUCCUCGCACUAGGUCUGAGUGGGAUGCUGUCCAUAAAACAGGUUCUGCGUUACUGUUAAGUUUGGCCCCGGUUCGUGCCGCCUUUGCACCGGCGUGCUUAGCACACGGAGCGCUAGCGCGGCCUGAGUGGCAAGCUAUAAACGUUUCGGGUAUAACAUUACCACGCGCUAUUGCCUGCUGGGAGCAGAGGCUGGGAGGAGGACGCAGGAGAGCCCGCGGCGGGUGUGCGCCGCGCCGGUUGGUGGAGCGGUGCACGUGGCCGCAGUGCAACGGCUCGUGUCCGCGGCUGCGCGACCCGCGCACCGGCGAGGAGGUGGCGCUGGCGUCGCUGCUGCAGAGUUUCGGCCUGGACGUGCGCGGCGCGGCGGCUGCGAUGGGGCUGGACGCGAGGGCGCUGUCACGCAUGAGCCGAGCAGAACUCUUGCCACUAUUGGCGCCUCAUAUGUGACAUAGUUUACAAUAUGGACUUUUAAUGUGCUAUCUAGCACGGUGAAUCUACCUCGUUUUUGUUGCACAAGUACAAGUAAUAUUACGUUUAGAUGUUAGAUAUUAUUUAUUGUUCGUCGAACUCUUUGUAUUUUGUAGUAAAGGGCUGGAACUCUU